AUUGAUUGCACCUUAGGAAAAAAACAGAAAAGAAGAGGAGAGGGAAAGACCUGAAGAACAGAAAAGAUGACGCACAGGACCACAUCUUGUACAAAAAGUAAAGGACUUUCAUUUCUUUCCUAGUCUGCAACCUUUCGUAGCAUCCAAAACCGUCACGCAAUCUCAACCCCAAACCGUAGUUUCUGAAAAGAGAAUUUGAUCUGAGAAUAGCAGUGAACUGAAUAGCAAUGGGAAGAGAAGAAGAAAUCCCAACCUCAUCCUGCAAAGACAUUCCCAAUCUCUUAUCAUCAUUUGUUGACACCUUCGUGGAUUUCUCAGUCAGCGGUCUCUUCCUUCCUCCGCCGCCGCCAUCUCCUCCGCCUCUCCCAACUCGCCUUCCCUCGCCGCCACGCCUGGUCGCCAUUGGCGACCUCCACGGCGACCUCGAGAAGUCCAAGCAGGCCUUGCGCCUCGCGGGCCUCAUCGACACGGACGAUGUCUACAUCGGCGGCUCCGCUACUGUCGUGCAGGUCGGGGAUGUCUUGGACCGCGGUGGCGAUGAGCUGAAGAUAUUCUACUUCCUCGAGAAGCUAAAGCGUGAAGCGGCGCGGAGCGGAGGCAGAAUCAUCACCAUGCACGGCAAUCACGAAAUCAUGAACGUUGAGGGCGAUUUCCGCUUCGCAACAGAAUCCGGCAUCGAGGAAUUUAGGGUUUGGUGGGAGUGGUUCCAAGUUGGGAACAAAAUCAAGAGCCUUUGCCACGGUUUGGAAAAACCGAACGACCCAAUGAGAGGCGUUCCCUCGUCGUUCCGCGGAGUGAGGAAAGAGUUCCAUGAUGGGUUUCGGGCCCGGGUCGCGGCUUUGCGGCCCAAUGGCCCAAUUGCAAAUAGGUUUCUGUCUGAGAACGUCACCGUUUUGGUCGUUGGGGAUUCUAUUUUCGUGCACAGUGGAUGUUGGAAAGGAACCAGGGCUCGGAAUGUUGCUUGGGGAACAGGGUGGACCAAAGCAAGUCGAAGUUCAGGCUUAAAGAAUGAUAGUGGAUUGCCUAUACCAUCAUUGAUUAGUAUGUCAUUAUUUCCAAUCACUCUGUAUCAUUGUAGACUAUUAGUAUGUUUGGUUUUGGUUUUGCUUUUGAAGUUACACAUCCAUAUUUCAUGUAUAAAAAAAUGGAAUUAUUUAAAAUAUUUUCAACUCAAGUUCAUCACCUUUUACAUCUGAAAGGAAACUAAACAUGGAUAUGCAUACAUGGAUUUGGUUGGUUGAAUUUUAUAAUGUGUAAAUUACUUUUCAGUCAUCUUGGUGCAAGGGUAAAGUUUGGGUCUUGGUCACCCCAAACAACACUUCUUUUUGCAAAGUACAGAAAUAAGAAAGAAAUGUCACGGUACAAAAGGAAAGUGUGGUUUCUUCAGAAAAGGAAAGUUCUUAUCAAUAUAGUCUUCUAGUUACCCUCCAAGUUGUUAAAAUCAUAAGGGCAAUAGGAUCAGGAGUGCUUAGGGAAAUGAGGUGUUACUUUGUUUGUCUGGAAAACUUGACCAAUCAUCAUAAACUGUUUUUACAAGCUACCAAUGUCUCCAAAUGUUAGUGCAGAAAGUUUUCAGCUAGUGUCCAUGAUGGUCUUCAGAUAGUGUCUGGAUCGAGAUAAGAGGUGAAUACCCGUAAAACAUGUUCAAGUACUUGAAAAAUAAUAGUUAUUAAUGAAUAGUAUUUAUGUUGUAUUCAUUGUAUUUAUAAUUUUUUUUAGUGGACAUUUUUCUGAUUUGGCCUUGAUUACUGUGCUUCCGUAAUUUUAUUGUCUGACUAAUGUCCUAACUACCGUCUUUAGUCAUUGAUCUUAAUCAAAUGUUGUAAUUAUUUUAUUGGGAUGUUUAGCUGUUGUGGCUCUGUCAAACCAUAGCAUAUACUUAGCUAUUGUAGUUGUUCCGACAUCUUUUUGAAACUUGGUGUACAUAAGCAAUUGA